CGGUUCCCCCACUUCACUCCUGCAGCUCAGCUCACUCACUCUCACUCCACGCACUUCCGGGCCAGCUCCCUGCCACUCUCCAGCUCUCCGCUCACGAUGAACCUACUGCCUCACCACCACCUGUCGCUGCCGUCUGGGCCUGGCCGCCGCCCCUCCUCUGCGGCGGAGGCGGUGGAGAUGGACCCGCGCGUGUGGCGCCGCCUGCCGCAGCCGCUGCUGGACCGCGUGCUGGCGUUCCUCCCGACGCCGUCCUUCCUCCGCGCCCGCGCCGUCUGCCGCCGCUUCUACCACCUCCUCUUCUCCUCCCCGUUCCUCCACUCUCACCUCCUCCACUCCCCGCACCUCCCCUUCUUCGCCUUCGCCGUCCCCUCCGCCGGCCACCUCCUCCUCCUCGAUCCCACCUCCCAGCCGCAGGGACCCUCCUGGUUCCUCCUCCCGCUCCCGAUCCCAGGUCCCGCCGCGGGGUUCUCGCCGGCUCCCGCGUCCGCUGGCCUGCUGGCGUUCCUCUCCGACGCGUCCGGCCACAAGACGCUGCUCCUCGCCAACCCCAUCACGCGCCUCCUCGCCGCGCUGCCGCUCGGCCCCACGCAGCGCCUCUCCCCCACCGUCGGCCUGGCCGCGGGGUCGACGUCCAUCAUCGCCGUCGUGGCUGGCGACGACCUCGUGUCCCCUUUCGCCGUCAAGAACAUCUCCGUCGACACCUUCGUCGCCGACGCCGCCUCCGUCCCGUCCUCCGGCUUCUGGGCCCCCAGCUCCCUCCUGCCACGCCUGUCCUCCCUCGAUCCUCGCGCCGGCAUGGCCUUCGCCUCCGGAAGGUUCUACUGCAUGAGCUCGUCGCCGUUCGCGGUUCUCGUGUUCGACGUGGCGGCGAACGUCUGGAGCAAGGUGCAGCCGCCGAUGAGGCGGUUCCUGCAGUCGCCGGCGCUGGUCGAGCUCGGCGGCGGCAGGGAGGGCUCGGGCACCGCAAGGGUGGGGCUCGUCGCGUCCGUGGAGAAGAGCCGUCUCAGCGUGCCGCGGAGCGUGCGCGUCUGGACACUGCGCGGCAGAGGAGGCUCCGGCGGCGGCGGCGGCGCGUGGAGCGAGGUGGCGCGGAUGCCGCAGGACGUGCACGCGCAGUUCGCGGCGGCGGAGGGCGGCCGCGGGUUCGAGUGCGCAGCGCACGGCGACUUCGUCGCGCUAGCGCCCCGCGGCGGGCCGGCAGCCGUGCCGGUGCCGACGACCGUGCUCGUGUUCGACUCGCGCCGCGACGAGUGGCGGUGGGCGCCACCAUGCCCAUACGUCGGGCACGGCAUGGCCGCAGUGGUCAACGGCGGAGGCGCGGGGUUCCGGGUCCUCGCGUACGAGCCACGCCUGGCGACGCCGGCCAUCGGCCUUCUGGACGCCACGACGCCGGUGGCUUUGCAUGGGAUGCAUGGUUAGAUUGUGUGACUGCUUAAUUGCACUAGUUGCUACACCCUGCUCUUAAUUUCUGAUGCAUCAAAUUUGAUAUCUUUAGUACUAGUAGUACUCAUGAGACAUUUCAGGCUUGAAUUUAGUAGUAAGUGUGGUAUUUAAUAAUUUGUUGUUGAGAAUUGCUAUGCAAGUAUGUAUGCAUAUUGUUUAAUUUACUAGACAGGUUUUGAAUCGGUAGUAUCUUUGUUGUUCUGUUCUUAGCAUCGGUUCUGAUGAAAGUGAAACAUGUGUUCUGAAGUGAAGUAACUUACGUCGUUUCAUGAUCACAUGGAGCCAUGGAGGCAUAUAAAAAAGUGUGUGAU